AUGGAUUCCAAAUUACAUGUAGUGAUGUUCCCAUGGCUGGCUUUUGGGCAUAUCAUUCCAUUCUUUGAGCUCUCCAAAUUCAUAGCUCGAAAGGGCCACAAAAUCUCUUUUGUUUCUACUCCAAGAAAUAUUGAUCGUCUCCCAAAAAUCCCUUCUCAUUUAGCUACUUCCAUAACCCUAGUUAAGAUUCCAUUCCCUAAGGUUGGACAACUCCCAGAAUCUGCAGAGGCGACCAUGGAUAUCAAAAAUGAAGAUAUGUCUUAUUUGAAGAAAGCAUUUGAUGGGAUGGAAACUGAAUUGACUCGUUUCUUGGAAGACUCAGCUCCCGAUUGGAUUUUAUACGAUUUUGCUCCACACUGGUUGCCUCCAGUUGCAGCAAGACUUGGAAUUUCUCCUGCUAUGUUCUUCAUCAUAAACGCUUGGUUUUUAGCUUUCCUUGGAGCAACAGAUUCCAUGAUUAACGGUUCUGAUGGGAGGAAAAGAGCAGAAGAUUUUAUGAUCCCACCAAAGUGGGUCCAAUUUGAGACAAAAGCGGCUUAUAGACGGUACGAAGCAAACUGGAUUGUCGCAGCAACUCGGCAGAAUGAAUCAGGAUUUUCAGAUUUUUAUCGAACUGGUAAAGUAAUUGAGGGGUCCGAAGCUAUUUUCAUAAGACACUGCAAUGAGUUUGAACCAGAUUGGUUGAAAUUACUCGAAGAGCUUUACCAUAAGCCAGUGAUUCCAGUAGGUUUAAUGCCACCCCAAGUAGAAGAAGAUGACAGUCAAUCAUGGGUUUCGAUCAAAACUUGGCUUGAUAACCAAAAUAAAGACUCAGUUGUUUACGUUGCACUAGGGAGUGAGGUGACACCGAGUCAAGAUCAACUCAAUGAGUUAGCUCUUGGAUUGGAGUUAUCUGGGGUAUCCUUCUUUUGGGUACUGAGGAAGCCAUCCGGCUCGGGCGAGUCCUACUCGGUGGUUUUACCAGACGGGUUCGAGGAGAGAGUUAAAGGGCGAGGCAUGGUGUGGAAAAGUUGGGCACCUCAGUUGAAGAUACUAAGCCAUGAGUCGGUGGGUGCAUUCUUGACUCACUGUGGUUGGAGUUCUUUUAUAGAGGGACUCAUUUUUGGUCUCCCCCUAAUUGCCUUGCCUUUUCUGGUAGAUCAAGGCUUGAAUGCUAGAAUCAUUGCCGACAAACAGGUUGGGAUAGAAAUCCCGAAAAACGACGAAGAUGGAUCAUAUACUAGGAACUCGGUGUCGAACUCAGUAAAGUUGGUAACGAUGGAAAAUGAGGGAAAGAAAUUUCGAGACAGAGCCAAAGAAAUGAGUCCGAUAUUUGGAGAUACAAAUUUACACGAUGGUUACAUGGAUAAUUUCAUUAGUUUUCUCGAAAAUCAUAGGAUCAUGUCAAGGGCUGCCACGAGCGAAUAA